CAAUCACUUAAUUUCGGACAAUUCUGUUUACCUUUUCGAUAUGAUAAGAAACAAUUAUGAUCCAUCACAAUCACAGCACUUUAAUCCUAGGCCACCCCAAAAUAGAAUGGGGUUCUCUUCAGUUUCACCAUUAAAUCAAGCAAAUAUAUCCCAAAACAUUCAUACACAUAAUAUAGGCGGAAAACGACCUAUUUAUUACCCUACUAUGACCCAAAACAAUUAUAUUCAAAAUCCUUUGGUUUAUAACUCAAAUGUUAAUGAAAAUGCACAAAAUAUGAAUUUUUAUCAGCCUAUAAGGAACAGUCCAUUAAUGCAAUCACAAUUAGAAAUUCAAUCACCUUUAACAUCUAUUGGGCUAUCUCCAAUGAAUAUGGUUGGAACACCAUUGAAUUCUUCAUAUCAAAUUUCAUCACCAUUGUUGAAAACCAAUAUUAACGAAAAUGCGAGACAGAUGGGCGGAGGAGCUAUGUCACCCUUCAAUUCCAUCACUAUGGAUAAUAAUAAAAUGCCCCUCGAGGAUAUGGAAUACGCUACUAAACUAAAACAACUUUCCAAAUACGUAGAACCACUGAGAAAAUUGAUAUUUAAAAUAGAGAAAGAAGAUGAUCAAAAAAAGGAGAUAGUGAAACUCAAGGCACUUUUGGAUAUUUUAUCGAAUAAUAGCCCAAAUACUAAAAAGGUCCCUAUUACUACAUUGCUCAAAUGCGAAGUGGUGUUAGCGCGCCAAUUCGAAACUUCCUCCCAAGAUAAACAAUCUAGCAACGUUUUCGCGUCUCUAAAUUCUCCUUCUAUUCUUUCGAUAAGCGCGGCUCAGGGAGGUGAAGAUGUAAAACCUAGAAUGAUGCAGCAACCGAUGACAUAUAAUAACAAUUCCGCUACCGCCAUUACCAAUGUUACGCCCCCCAAUAACCCCAAUUACAACGCGUAUCAGAGUAACUCCGCCAAUAUCGUGAGUGGUACCUCCGAACAACAUUUAAAUGCUACCACUAAUUAUGACAGCGGUUCGUUGAGGGAAGCCAUAGGGCAAUUUUCGGCUACUUUGGAGAAGUUCAAACAGUCUUGCCUGAACGAAAAUGAUGGUGGUCAACGCAUGAGCCAAGCCUUGAUGGAGACGUUUGCUCCCGCUUAUUAUAAGGCUUAUCUUCUGCCUUGAAUUCCAUUAUAAUUAUUAAUUAAAAAAAAAUUAUGCAUUAACAAUGUGUUAGAAUUUGAAUAAGUUGAUUGUAAUUUUAGAAGUAAUUUUA